AUGGACAACCAGGAGAAAGAGAAGAACGAAGAGAGAUUUAAUAAAUGGCGUGCUGACUCUUUUCAAGAGACCAUCAACAAACGUGUUUUGUUGGAAUGGGUACGAAUUGUUGGACUAGAGAACAAGAAUAAGUGGAAGUUCGAAAGAUUGCUGGCUCAUCUUGCUAACGUUAUCAUCGGUUAUCCUUCUGAUUCGUCUAAGCUUUCUGCUUUUACUUGGCCCACAAGUGCUGGCAUUCAUGAUGGGAUUGCCGCUAUCCGAGCGAAGGUCUCUUAUGAUUUCUGGAAAUACUUCAUGUCUGAAGGGAAACACAAGCUAUCUGAUUAUAAUUCGGCAAAUGGCACAAAAAUAGCUUUGAUUAAAGAGAUGACCAUGAAAGCAAGAGAUGAAAACAAUCUAGGGUAG